AUGCUGAGAGAUCCAGAGAUGAGGAACAAGCUGAUCUCCAACCCCACCAACUUCAACCACGUGGCCCACAUGGGACCAGGAGACGGGAUCCAGAUCCUGAAAGACCUGCCCAUGGAGAGCCGUGCGGGUUUCAGCGGUUCAGUCAGCAUCCCCUCCAUCACCAAGAACCGGGGCGAGCCGGGCCGCUCCAUGAGCGCCAGCAGCGGACUGGGCAUACGAUCGUCCUCCCAGAACGGCAGCGCUCUCCGCAGAGAGCUGUCAGGAGGAAGCUACGGAUCCAAACGGCAGACCAUGACGUCUCCCUCGGAGAGCUCCCUGUCCUCUGGAGGAGGCAUGGACUGUGGUGACGCUCCGCUCUCACAGUUUGACAGAGAGGUCAGUGCAGACACACACCCUGAACACAGCGUCAUGUGCAGCUGA